AGUGUCUGUCUGAAGAAGCUUGAAUCUGUCGUGAUCAUCAAGAUUCAAGUUCUGUCUUAAAAGAUUGUUUUUGGUCUUCUUCUUCCUUAAUUGUCGGAAUCAGAAUCUUUCAGAUGGAGGAGAGAGAAGGAACUAACAUCAACAACAUCACAACCAGUUUUGGUCUGAAACAACAUGAAGCUCCUCUUCCUCCACCUGGUUACCACAUGGAACCACCACGGUCUGAAAACCCUAAUCUUUUUCCGGUGGGUCAAUCCAGCACUUCCUCCGUCGCCGCCGCCGCCGUGAAAGCUUCUGAGAAUGUUGCUCCUCCUUUUAGCUUAACAAUGCCGGUGGAGAAUUCUUCUUCUGACUUGAAGAAGAAGAGAGGAAGACCGAGAAAGUAUAACCCUGACGGCUCACUCGCUGUGACUCUCUCUCCGAUGCCUAUCUCCUCCUCCGUUCCGUUGACGUCGGAGCUUGGUUCUCGGAAACGAGGAAGAGGGCGAGGAAGAGGCAGAGGAAGAGGAAGAGGACGUGGACAAGGAAGUAGAGAGCCUAACAGCGACAACAACAACAACAACAAUUGGCUCAAGAAUCCUCAGAUGUUCCAAUUUAACAACACUCCUAGUUCUGGUGGAGGACCUGCAGAGAUUGUCAGUCCAAGUUUUACACCUCAUGUGCUCACAGUAAAUGCCGGUGAGGAUGUGACAAUGAAGAUAAUGACAUUCUCUCAACAAGGCUCGCGUGCUAUUUGCAUUCUUUCAGCUAACGGUCCCAUUUCCAAUGUUACACUUCGUCAAUCUAUGACAUCUGGUGGUACUCUCACUUAUGAGGGUCAUUUUGAGAUUCUGUCUUUGACGGGUUCGUUCAUACCAAGCGAGAGUGGAGGAACCCGAAGCAGAGCUGGCGGGAUGAGUGUGUCUCUUGCAGGACCAGAUGGUCGUGUCUUUGGUGGUGGACUUGCCGGUCUCUUUAUAGCCGCUGGUCCUGUUCAGGUAAUGGUGGGGAGUUUUAUAGCGGGUCAGGAGGAAUCGCAGCAGCAGCAGCAGAUAAAGAAGCAAAGAAGGGAAAGACUCGGGAUCCCGACAACAACACAAGCUUCUAAUAUCUCAUUCGGUGGAUCAGCAGAAGAUCCAAAGGCUAGAUACGGGCUCAACAAGCCUGUUGUUAUUCAGCCACCACCUGUGUCUGCACCACCUGUGUCCUUUUCGCAUGAGCCAAGUACUAACACAGUCCAUGGUUACUAUGCAAAUAACACAGCUAACCAUAUCAAGGAUCUCUUCUCGCCCCUCCCAGGAGAAGAUGAGGAAGACGAUGAGGAGGAUUUAGAAGGUGAAGAUGAUGAUGAAUUCGGAGGCCAUAGCGAAUCUGACACCGAGGUUCCAAGCUGAUGAUCGAUGGAAAGAAUCUGACAUUGAUCAGUCAUAAUCUUGAGUUGUUGCGACUUUUUUAUUUCGGUGUCUUCAGAUUUUUUUAGAGUGUAAUGGUAUUUUUUUUCAGAUUGUUAGUUGUUUUCCUAAACAGAGAUAUUCACUAAAAGUUAGGGCUUAUUCUAGAUGUAAUCUUUAGGGUUCUUUGACUUGUUUGUUAUUUUCUAUCCAAGUGGUUCUUGUAGAAGUGCAAAAAACUUAGUGAUUUUAAACUCUCUUCUUCAAUCAACUAUUCAAGGACUU